AUACGAAUAUUUAGAGGAAUAAUAACUACUUAGAAGAAAGUAGUGACUAUUAGUAUUUUGAAAUUUGAAUGUGUCUCUUAGAAGAAAGAACUUAAAUAGCUGAAUAUAUUGUUUUAUUCCUUUAUAAUAUCUGUUAUCAGAAGAUAUUAUUCUGUUUAUUGUACUGAUUGCUUUUUCUCAAUAUAAAUAAAGUAUUCGUACUGUCUCAUAGACAUAGUUUAACUCAAUAUUUAUCUCUUCCUUGGAGUUUAACCUAGAAUCUAGAGUCCUUUUUAAAAUCAUGUUGGCUCGAUAGUCUCACUCUCUCCGGAGGUGUUCCUUUCCUUUUUUUUUUUGCAAACUUUUCUCCCAGGUUCGCUUUCACUGUUUCAGUGCUGUCUCUGGCAUGUUUUCAGGUGACAUUCCGGUGACCACCAUUUUCUCUAAUGAGCAUAGGGUUGGAAAUGUGCUGCGCCAAUCCAUUCAACCAUCCAAAUGCCAUUAUGAGCCACCCAUCAACAACGACUCACCAACCUUUGCCUACAUGUCACCCAGGUCAUUUCAUAGCUUCCUGGGCUGACAUUCAUACCUUUGUGUUAGAAGUGGACUUUAAGCCUAACUCAACCCCACAAAAUCGGCUUGUAGGGGGAGGUUUACACCCACUUAUAAACUAUGAACUGGCUUUAUCUCUAGUCGAUGUGGGAUUUCCAACACACUCCCUCAUGUCGAGGUAUAAGCGUGGGAUUAAUCAUAUUUAAUGGGUGGUCCGAUAGCAGCCCGUAGGAGGUGGAACAAUAUGCCUAGCAAACAACAAAUUAUCGCUAAGAUAGGCUCUAACCAUGACUCUGAUACCAUGUUAGAAGUGGACUUUAAGCCUAACUCAACCCUACAAAACCGGCUUGUAAGGUGAGGUUUGCACCUCACUUAUAUAUUAUAAUUAGGCCUUAUCUCUAGUCGAUGUGGGACUUCCAACACACCCCCUUCACGCCGAGGUAUAGACAUCUUGUGCAUGAUAGUAGAAAUUGGGUGGUCCGAUAACGGCCUGAUAGCGAGUGGAAUAGAAAUGUCCAAGAAACAAGAAAUAUCGCUAGGAUAGACUCUAAUCACGACUCUGAUACCAUAUUAGAAGGUAGACUUUAAGUCUAACUCAAUCCCACUGUUAGAUGUUAAGAUGCGUGUUUCUGUUAUUUGGGCUUAGUCUAUUAUGUAUUAAGGGCAUUGGCCCAUAUCUUACAAUAUAAAUAAACUACCCUAUGUGUAGUCUAAACACAUAAGGGAUAUUUUCUCCCAAUCUUCUUUAUUUCUCAUAUGGUAUCUAGAGCACAGGAAUAGUUCCAGUCAACUCCACGGUCUCCGGCACCCAUCACUGCUGCUGUUGUCGCGUCACCGCCGCUGCCGUCGCCACCGCCGUCGCCGCUGCCGCCGUCGCCGGAGCUCCAGAAUCGACCGGCGACCACACCAUCCGAAGCGUCUCGGCCGGGCGACCACCGUCGCACGAAGAUCGCCGCGAUCAGCACCGCCGUGAUCGCCUCCUCGCCCUCUUUCUGGAUCUGUGGUCGUUGCGUCAAUCGGAGCACUUUGAAUUUUUAGGGUUUCUCCCUCUCCAUGGCGUCUUCCUCGUCUACAAACACCUCUAUUGGUGGCUCAUCUUCUGAUCCCUCAAUAUAUACUAAUUAUGUGAAUGUACACUUGUCCAUUGACAAGUUAGAUGGCACAAAUUAUGCAACCUGGGCGUCCGACAUCAAACUUUGGUUGAAGAGUCAGGGGUACUUAGAUCAUCUUACUCAAAAUGUGACUACUGCUCUCAUAGAUGACACUUCCCGCUGGAUGAAAAUUGAUGCUCAGUUAUGCAUUGUUAUAAAGUCCACCAUUCACUCCUCACUGAAACAAAUGUUUCGAUCCUAUGAGACAUGUUCAGAAGUAUGGGCACAAGAGAAGUUGUUAUACACAAAUGACACUCAGCGUCUUUAUGGUGUUUGUCAGGACCUAUUAACUGUUAUUGGUCCGCGCAAUCCUGGUCCCAUGGCAGAAUAUUUGGGUAAAAUUCAUGCCUUUCUUCAUGACUUUAAUGAUAUAUUACCUCCUGCUUCCACUCCUGCUGAAGAAUUGGAACAACGAUCAAAGUUCUUCAUGUUGUUGGCAUUAUACGGACUCUCUGAUGAUGUUUCUCAUGUCCGUGAUCAGAUUUUGGGUUCUCCUGUCAUACCCAACUUUACUUCUACUUGUUCUGCUCUUUUGCGUAUACCGAGCAAACCCGUCACUGAGACAUCUCCUCGUACUGAUGAUUCCUCUGUUAUGGCUGCUCAACGUGAUGAUCGAAGUCGGUCUCGCAAGCCAAGUAAAGGACGUCUAAAAUGUGACCAUUGUGGCAAGUUAGGCCACAAGAUUGAUAGAUGUUAUGCUCUCCAUGGACGUCCUCCUCGACCUGUAGCAGUGGCAAAUUCUGAUCCACCUCCCCGAUCACCGUCUUCAGACAAUCCUACUUCAUCUAAUAUCGUAGACAAACCUGCAAUCUUUAACGAAUUUCUCAGAUGGUAUGAGGAUCAUCAGCACUCUGGUUCCACUACAUCUGCAUCUGUUGCACGUACAGGACCGGAGUUCGAAACACAUGAUUGGCACAGGAUGUGAGUCUCAUGGCCUUUAUCAUCUCCGCCCUUCUCCACAUGUUGGCGUAGUCAUGGAGUCACCAUCCCUUCUUCAUGCUCAGUUCGGUCAUCCUAGUCUUGCCAAACUACAACAACUUGUCCCGAGGUUGUCCACAUUAUCAAGUUUGUCGUGUGAGUCUUGUCAGUUAGGGAAGCAUACUCGUAGUUCCUUUCCUCGUAGUGUCUCACAACGGGCGUCGUCCCCCUUUUCAUUGGUUCAUUCUGACAUUUGGGGACCUAGUCGUGUUAAGUCCAUUUUAGGUUUUCAGUAUUUUGUUACCUUUAUUGAUGACUAUUCCAGAUGUACUUGGUUGUUUUUAAUGAAGAAUCGUUCUGAGUUGUUUUCUAUUUUUCAAUCUUUUUUCAAUGAAAUAAAAACACAGUUUGGGGUGUCUAUUCGAAAUUUACGUAGUGAUAAUGGCCGUGAAUACCUUUCUCAACAGUUUAAACAGUUUAUGGCUUCUCAUGGCAUUCUUCACCAAACCUCAUGUGCUUAUACCCCUCAACAAAAUGGGGUGGCUGAGCGUAAGAAUAGACACCUUAUUGAAACAACUCGUACACUUCUUAUUCAUGGUCAAGUACCCUCACGUUUUUGGGGUGAUGCAGUUCUCACAGCAUGUUAUCUUAUCAACCGCAUGCCAUCUUCCGUCCUAGAUAACAAAAUCCCUCAUUCUAUCUUAUUUCCUCAAGACCCUCUGCAUCCAUUACCUCUUCGAGUUUUUGGGUCUACAUGUUUUGUUCAUGAUUUUAGUCCUGGUCUUGAUAAGUUAUCUCCUAGGUCUCACAAAUGUGUCUUCUUAGGAUUUCCACGGUCACAAAAGAGCUAUAAGUGUUUUUCCCCUUCCCUCAAUCGUCAUUUUAUCUCUGCUGAUGUCACUUUUGAUGAGUCUUCUUUUUACUUUUCACAUCUAUCUUCUAGUUCUGUACCUCUCCCUGUUACUGUUGAUAUUCCUCUUAUCUGUGAUCCUCCUGGUGAUGCUCCACCCAUUUUGUCUUCUCCUUCUUUAGACUCUCAUUCACCACAGGAUCAUCCUUCACCUCCACCCCUUCAGGUUUAUAGUCGCUGUAAUUGUCUCCCUCAUGACUCACUUCCGGUGCCGCCUCAUGUGUCUCCUCCGGCUCCAGCAACUGAGUCUGACUUGCCUAUUGCCCUACGUAAAGGUCCAUGACCCUUGCUGAGAAACAACAGCUACAGUGUUUAAUUCAGAAGCUACCAGCAAGAAAUCUUGUUCGUGUAGUGGAGUUACUUCGUCGAAAUACGCCAGCAGAAAAACAAAGUUGUGAUGAA